GGAAGGCAGUUGUUGUCCGCGGACCGGCUCGGCUUUAUUACUCUUUAUUAAAGUCUAUAUUGAAUUUACAAGUUCUUGUAAGAAGUGUUAUUCUUAAGACAAUUUUCCACGACAGACCCUAUAUAAAUUAUUUUUCUUUUCGGUGACGACGCACACACCAACUUGACGUCAUAACAAAAUGGCAGCCUACUUGAGCCGGUUGCACCACAUUUCACUCCACGUUACAAACGUGGAUAAAAUAGCGUAUGAACUGGUUUCUAAAUUUAAGUUUAAUUUAUUUGUUGCGAGGCUGACGGAGAAGUCUAAACAGUUGGCUUUUAGAAAAGGAGCGGCAGUUUUCGUCGUCAAUGAAAGACCAAACAAGUCCCCUCUUGAAUUGAACGGAGUAACGCUAUCGACCGGGAGAGGGAUAUCUCCUUCACAAUCGGAACCGGGAUGGACUAACAACAUUCAACCGGGGGAAAACAACGACAAGGAUCCGAAUUGUCUUUACGAUGUCCACCCACAUUAUCCCGUCGAUACCGCGUCUAACGUCUGUUUCGAAGUGGAAGAUGUGGAAAGGUCAUUCAAGUCUCUUCGUAACCUCGGCUGCGAUUUCUUGGUUCCCCCGACAGAGGUGUGUGACGAGAAGGGACUUGUCACCUAUUCAGUCGUCAAAUCAAUAUUGGGAAAUGUGAACCACACGCUCGUUGACACGAGUAAAUAUAAGGGGAGCUUCUUACCCGGGUUUCAGGAGGUUGAAAACGUGGCUAAGAGUACAGAGUCAUGUCCAAUCACUCAUUUUGAUCACAUUACCUAUGCUUGUCCAAGACGGUGCACACCGCAGGUGAUGAGCUGGUAUGAGCGACACUUUGGCUUCCAGAGAUUCUUCAUUGACAGUAAUGAGGAUGUGGAUGAGGGCUAUGUUCUGAACAAGGAGGGCAUUGGACUGCGUCUCACAGCCAUGGAGUACUGGAAAUGCAGCGAAACAGGAAUCAAGCUUCCCUUCACAGAUAGGAAACAACCGGACUGCAAGUUUGUCAUUGCAGAGUCGCUGCCUGAACAAGGCAGGAACCAGGUGGACACCUUCCUGGAGCAGCACAGAGGCCCAGGGAUACAGCACAUUGGAUUGUACACACAGGACAUAGUAUCCACAGCACAGACCAUGGGCCAGGCAGGAGUACACUUCUUCUCUCCUCCACCUGCCUACUACACGGAGGUGGGUAAGCAGCAGGAGAUGGAGGACGUAGGUUACGACCCCCAGAUGCUGUCUCAGCACGGCAUCCUCCUGGACACAGACCUGCGCCAGGCCCAGACUGACCCCUCCUGUCAGACUACAGACACGCAGAAGAAAAGAUACCUGCUUCAGGUGUUCACCAAGCCCAUCUUCUCAGAGGACACUUUCUUCCUGGAGCUAAUUGAGAGGAGAGGUGCGUCAGGGUUCGGAGAGGGGAACAUCCAAGCCCUGUGGAGGUCUGUCCAGGCAUACAUGGACACAGAGAGGGCAGAGACUGAGGCACAAGGAGAGAACACAACUCAACCACAGAACAUAACCCCAGAACCGAAGCACUGCCACAACGCGUAACAUCUUACAGCGAACACCUUCCUCCGCUACUCUUUUGUCUGUGUGAGGCUACAAUACACUGAGGUUCCCGGGGAAGCUGUGAAGGACCGGGGAAGCAUGAUUGAAUGAUUGUGUUUAUGAGUCUGUUAUUAAAUGUUUAUGUUUAAUGAUUUUUCAUUAAAUCAUGUAUGACUACAAAUA